GCCGAGCGGGACGCGUCCCGUGAUUGGCAAUGUUAUAUUUUCUGGUUGUAAUUUUAUUCCUUCUGCACUCGUUUGACCCGUUCCCAAGUUCCAACACGUCUUUUGUCAAUCCCGCCAUCAUCUUUGGUGAUUAUGGCCGACAUAGAGACCAAUCCCCAAAUUACCGACCUUGAAACUGACCUUGUUUUUGUCGCCGAAGAUAGCGUGUCUCCUGAAGCUCAUGGUGAACAUGAGGCAUUUGACAUGGUAGACCCAGAACCAGUCGCACAGGAUGAAUCAAAUGAAAUUGGCACGCCUGCGGAUGGCGCAGUGGAUGAUGAUGUGAUUGACCCAGCAGUCACGCAGGAAGCCAUGCAGCCCGGUGACAUGCUUAAGGAUGCUGCACCUGCCACAAAGCCGGAGGUGACUAAGAAGCUUGCUGCUUCAAAGGCCGCUGUGAAAGCAGGCAAGGACAAAAUAGUCAUAUCCGCUAAAGGUGCUCCGACAAGAUCUGCACCGCCCACACCAACCGUGAAGAAGGUAUUGAAUUCUGGCACAUUUGGAUCUGGCGCCACGAAACCGGCCACCGGGAGCAAGCCUCCUUCUGCAAUUCCUUCGACUCUCUCGAAAACCACCACUUCUGCUCCCUCAACUUUGAGGAAAUCUAUCAGCACUUCCUCUGCCAAUCCGCCAGCGAAGACAGCGUCGAAAAUGGCGUCUUCCAGAAGCCCCCCUUCCGGUCCUCCACAACCAUCUCGGCGAACAUCCAUGCUCCCCCCAAGAGCGCCAUCUGCUACCGGCACCCCUCCGACACCAAAGUCGCGGGGCACUUUAUUGUCGUCUCUGACAUCUUCUAUGUCUUCCAGGCCUGCUCCAGCUGAGGCCAGCACACCUUCACGCGCUUCUGUUGUUUCUCCUUCUGGCUCUGUUGCAUCGCUGAGGUCCAACGCUGCUGCUCCUGCCGCCUCUCGUCCUCGUGCUUCAAUAUCAGAGGUUGUGAGGAGAACGCCCUCUGUUUCAUCCAUGAAGGGAAACUCGACCGCACCCCCUCUGCGGCAGCCUACUUCAAUUUCAUCCAUUCGCGAAGUUAGAGAUGACGGAAGACCUCUAGAGGAGAUGCAACAGAAACUCAAAGAGGCUGUGGAUGCGCUCUCAUUGAAAGCAGAUGCAGUCGCUGCGCUUGAAGAGCAGCUCGCUGUCCUUACAGCAAACCUAGAAACCGCUCGUGCAGAUGCUGAAGCAAGUCAAUUUUCACUUGUGCAGCUGCAACAAGAAAAGGCUGCUGCUCAGUCGGACCUUCAAGCGCUCAGCGCCACCUUGCAACAAAAUCGCAAUGAACAUUCACGCGUCCUUGUUCUCCUCGAUUCUACGAAGCAAGAGCUUGAUGCGGCAAAUUUGGCGUCAACGGACCAAACUGAUAUCGUUGACAGCCUCCAAAGCCAAGUAGAGUCCCUCACGGCUGAAGUUGCAGCGGCUCGCGAGAACCUUGAGACCCUUCGCAGCUCCAGCGAGCAGUCUUCUUCCGAAGCAGCAACGGCUGCUCAAAUUGAGCGCGAGGCUCUUCUUAGGGCAAGGACCGAAUACGAAAACAUCAGCGCGGAAGCCGAAGUGUUGAGGGCCUCUCACGCUUCAACGCUUCAAGAUUUCCGCGCCAGGUUAAGUGAAGCUCAGCAGCGAGCUGCAGAUGCAGAUGCUUUCGAAGCCCAGGUCCGGCAACUCAAGGCAGAGCGCGAGGAAAACGCGAACAAGCUCUCAGAGCUGGAGGUCGAGAUUUUGGAGUUGAGGGAGAGUCAAGAGCAAGCAGAGGACGACCAUGCCAAGGUCCUUGACCGCCUCAAAAGGCUGGAGGAAGAACUGGCCCAUGCCGCCGCUACUACUCAAAGCGUUGUUGACGCAUCGAAAACCAGAGAAGAACAACACGCCAACCAGAUGGCUGAGGUCGAGGAAGCUCACAAUGGCGAGCUGCGGGCCGCCAACGACGAGCUCUCCAACGUUGUUGCCGACCUCGAAGCUUUGCGGGAAGAGCUCGCUGCUGCUCAUGCUGCCCAUGAGCAGACAAAGCUUGAAGCUCAUAAUACCGUUGAGGAGCACGAGCGUCAGCUUGAUGAGACGGAGGGUGAAUUUUUGUCGAAGCAUCUUGAGCUUUCGGAGGAGAUCAAGAGAAUCACCAUCGAGUUGGAGAGUCAAGAAGCACAUUACAAUGCCAAAGUUGACGCUGUGAAGGCCGAACACGACUUGCUCCUGCAGGAGGCGUUUGAGCGUGCUAAGAAUGAAGCUGGAGAUGCACAUGGUGAAGACCUUCAGGCGCUCCGUGCUGAAUCACAAGCAACAAUCGAACAACUUCGUACUGCCCACCAGUCGACGGUGGACGGACUACGAGCAGACCAUGAAGACUCUCUUGCGUCGCAGAUCGGCGAACUCGAGAAGAAAUUGAGCAAUCAGAGCCUAGAACUACGUGCUACUCAAGACGACCUUGCUAAAGCCAAGGCAGCGCUAGACUCCUCACGAUCUGACGUGGAAAGCCUCAAGGCGCAGCUUGAGGAUGCCCGGGCGGCAUUCGCGGCUGCCUCUGCCUCUGCUGACCAGGCGUCCGAGAUCGAUCGCCUGACGAGGGAACUUGCCACCUUCCGUGAUGACAAUGUCAUGCUCAAUGAUGUUCUUGCCGUCACGAAGGAAUCGCUUUCGGAAAUGUCUUCUAAUCACACGAAGGAGCUCGAGGAAGCGGCUCGUGGACGUGUUGAAGACGUCAUGAAGCUCCGUGCUGCUCAUGAAGAGGAGAUUAGCAGCCUUGCAGCGCAGAAGUCGGAGCUGUCACUCAAACUUUCCGACCUGGAGGGUGAGAUUGCUACGCUCAAGGCACAGGUUGCUGCUGAGGCUGCAGCUACGCCGAAGAGCAAUGGGGCUGUGCCCCCAUCUUCGACUAUGGUCACCAGGGAGGAGCUCCAGAAAGCACACGAGGCGCACAAUAUGAGGAUGCACGACUUGGUGGCCGAGCAUGAGCGUACCGUCAGGGAUCUCAGGAAUGAGAUUGAUGGACUCCAGAACAAAAUGGACGAGGUCCAUCAGGACAUCGCGCGCAAAUCGAUGGAGAUCCAGUAUCUCGAGCAAGAACAAGAAGAGAGUCAAGACUCCAUUACUCGUUGUUCUGAUAUUCUCGGUGAUGAUAACGAUCUGCCUUUACUUUUACUGUAAUUUAUUAGCUUCGUACCUUCCUUACUUGUCUGUUCUGCGG